GCUAGCUUCGUUUUGGCCGCGGCUUGCAAUUUUGCCUCAUCCAGCGGCGACAAACGCUGCCAGCAAGCGUUCUCUUGCAAACUGCCUGCUCGCAGCCCGCUGCCAGCGAAGCUCGUGGCCGCGCGGGCGCUCGACGCCGUUCAAAUUCAAAGCGCUUGGCAGAGCGCGGGCGAGAGCAUGGCCGAGACCACGCCCAGCUUCCUCGUUGAGCUACCGAAACAUGUCCCCGGCUGGGACUCGAGAGCAAGAUCCAGUAGAGAAGGCCGCGCGGUCGCGAUCUCGGGACCUAGAAAACAACGAGGCGCGACGCUACGAGGAUGUGAACUCAGCGCAGAAGAAGGGUGUUUAUUUGAGGGCGAGAAGGACGCUCUUGUGUUCUAUCCACCGCUGGAACUCGCAGCAACGGCCACAAUUGCAGUAGAACUCAAGCCGCGAACGCUCACAAAAGACGAGCGCUGGCUCGUGGCGACGUUUGGCAAAGGUGUUAAAGGCGAGAGCGCCCACAUUUGUAUUUUACAGACAGAAGGCCAGCAGCUUUUAGGACUGUGGGACGGGGAUCAGGAGCAGUGGCACCCGUGCGAACCGGAAUGUGACAUAGCUCCGAAUAAUGAUAGAUUCGUCCGCAUCGUGGCCCAGAUCGAACAAUCGCAAACUUCUUACUAUGUUGAUGGCGUCUUAGUCGGGUGUGCGGCCCACGCGGUGCAUGCGCCGAUCCUAGGUGCCGGCAACGUGCCCCUAUGCGAUCGACCAAAAGCCUCGUCUAGGAAACAAGUAGUGGGCUGGAUGAGGCGGUUGGAGGUGUACAGUGGUUUAGUGUAUCCGCAGCACUGCUUCCCGUCCACGUAUCAAAAGCCGAAGCCGGCUCUACUAGCACCGUGCGCGCCGUCGCAGUACGAGACGGGCGCUCCCGUGCAACAGCCGCCGCCGCGUGCGAAAAUCCGUCGUGUGACUGACGACGAGGGCCCGAAGAAGAAGAAGCCGAAGAAGAAGGCGUCAAUCGAGCCGCCGCCGCCACCUAGAUCAUUAGAUCCCGCGCAACGCGUCUGUGCUUCUAGAGUAUUAGCCGUCCACGGCGAGGAGGAGGCUUUUCUCGAAGCGGUAAGAGCGGCGCCGCGAGGCCGCCACUUAUGGUUAGGCUAUGACCCGAAGCCACCAGUUGACGCAAAAUCGCUCGACGCGUUUUUACGAGCCCGGCCCCAUAGAACGGUGUUCAAAUUUAGGGGCGAGGACGCUCCUUCUUUUGGCCUAGGUGCUCUAGGUGCGGAGCUCGAACAUGCUGCUCGAAGAGAUGGAGGCGCGGCAGCCAUGCAGAUCCUGCGGGACAAGUCGCAGAUGUCGACGCUCUUCGCGCCGACGGGCGCCGGCGACACGGACUGGAACCAUUCUAAAACUUCGAUUGAAGUUUCGUUUGAUGGGUUCAUUCGGUCUGCGGAUAAAGCUGAUCAGUGUCGAAGCAGAAGGGACGUCAAGGGGUUGGAUCGAGAAGUCGAGAAGGGUAGUAAUGCGCAAAAAGUGACCGAGUGGAAGCCCGCCUUUCUACGAAGGCAAGGCACUUCACCGGAGAGCACUGGACUACUCCCACCUUGGUUUGAGAGUAGGUCGUGGCUGACAAAACUGAAGAGGUCCGACGCGGAAGUCUUCCGACCGAAAUUCGCAUUGAUGCAGGCCGGGGCCUGUACGGAACACCAUCGAGAUAACUACGGGACUUUAACGUGGAUCAAGGUGCUCGGUGGCAGUCAACUCUUAGCGACUUGGAACAUGGCGGAUGGCGAUAGUACACCGGAGUUAUCGGACAACCAGGAAGAGCACGACGAAGACUUUCCUUGGUCUACCUUUGCCCAAUUACCUUCUGCGCGAUUGGUCUUCCUAGAUGUUGGGGACGUCUUUUUUAUGCGUCCCGGAGUUUAUCAUCGAGUGUUCACUCUAUCGGCCAAAGUACAAUUGUUCGGGGAAUUCGUCGGUGCUGCUACGUUCGUGGAAAGUCUCAAAUCUGCAAAGGCCGACCGGGAACGGCCCCACUGCCUGAAGGCCUGCGAUUCUAGAAUUACGAUGACGUCACUAUUUCUCGCGGGCCUCGCUGCGGAACUAGGCGAGGUCGACGAGGGGCCCCUUCAGCAGGCUUUGGCGUUGGGCGGUCUCGAGGCCUUGCGGGCCAUCAGGACCUUGCCGGACAAGUACUUGGACCGGUGCUCGCGCUGUCUAGGCUUCGACGCGGACGCGGCGUGCCAACAGCUGCUGGCGUGCCCGGGGCUGUGAGUAGGGAGUUCUUAUAUUAAUUUACUCG